AGACGAUAAUUAACGCUAAUCUUACAGUGAGGCCGCGGAUACAAAAAAAAGUCAAUACAUAAUAUAAUUUUUUCAAUGCUACUCGCGAUCGUGUAGACGUAUACGUAGAAGAUUGUGGCCUCUUUAUUUUGGUUUUGGACCACGUUUGUCGUGACACGUAAGAAGAAAACUUGUAGAAUUAUGAGGACUUCUCCCUUGGCAUUUUUUAUCGGCUGAAAGCUGAAAAUGCUUCGAAAGUUGUAACUUCUUGUCGUUGUUGUCCCAAGAACAUAGAAACACAAAAAUACACUUUUAGAAUACCCACGAACUUUCUCUAGAGCUCGGAAGUGACGACCCUCUAAAUCAUGAUUUUUUAGCAAAUUCAUCAAUUUUGUCUGAUUUUGCAAUCCAAAGUAGAAAGAACAACGAAAGGCGGGAAAACAAGUUGUAGUUGAUUGGAACUAGACUACUGUCACACAUCUAGUAUUGGGACAACUUUUCCAAGGACUUUCAUCACUGUACUUGGGUUGGAUAUUGAGGACUUCAGAAGGGUCAGGAUUGAUAGCCCGUCGAGCAAGCCACGAGUAGGCUCUUUCCCGAAAACCUAUUGCCUGUUAGAGGACGAUAACAAGGCCAACUGGAAACAAAUUUAUGAAUAGUAUAUCAGGUCGCCGCUGAAAUACAACAAGCCUGCAAAUUCUGAAUACGUAAAAAAACAACACCAUCAUCAUCAACAUCCCCUCGGGCAGAAUCAACAUCCUCCUCAAGCGGGUAAGGAAAAAGGACCUCAUCUCCCGUCCAUCAGUCAACGGUUUACCGCGUAGUUUCAUCGGCAGCAAAUCAGAUUUGUUUGAAUCAUCAGGAGUUGUACUGGUAGAGUAACUGCAGAGUGGCAGUGGGUUAAGGAGGACAACAAGAACUUCACCUACGUAGAAUUUUGUAUCGGCGGCUCCGGAGUAGAAGAAGUCCUUGGCUUUCGAGAAAAGCAACCAGCAACAGCACGAAGCGGACCUGGUCUUCUCCAGACGACGUACCUACAGAAACUUCGUCAAGUGCCUUGGAUUCAGUUGAGCAACUAUGCGCCACGGGGGCGAACCAAAUAUCCACAGAAAAAAACCCAUCCACAUCCAAUUUGUCAUGCGAAACACGUAUCAAGUCAUGUUUUUGUCAUGCAAAAAAUAGAAGUGGAUGUGUUUUUCUCUGCGGAUACCAAAUGAGCAACAGCGAUUGAUUCCAAACAACAGACACUGUACGGUGCAAAAUUACACCGCCCCUGGACCGCCGGUAAAAUUGCCGAACAACAGGAUUCCUCGUCUUUAUUUUUUUCCUUGAAAUUUUUGGAACUGAAGCAAAAGCAAGUGCGUCCACCUGGUGCGGUACUACCUUUUUAGCUUGCAGCCAAAGUUUGUGUAUACGUAUUCCCUUGUGGUUUGAAUUUACAUUCUCGACUGCAGCUCUUUUUCUCCGUACAACUACAGGCACAGCACGUGAAUCCGAACGGGCAGUACCUCCAAGGGCAGCAUAAUCCGUUGGCCCAACCCGAGGUCGCGCUCGCAGCGAGCCAGUUUCCGUUUGACCAUCCGUACCGGCAGGCGAUGCAAAUUGCCGCCACCACCGGAAAUCCCGACGUUCAGAUGGCCAUUCAGCAACAAUACAACGAGGCAGCCGCACGCAACGGGCAACAACAGCAGCACCAGCAGUCUGCUACUAGCGGGCAGCAGCAGCACUUAGCCGCGCAGCAGAUGGCGGCCCAACAGGCAGCGUUACAGCAGCAACAUCAACAAGCCGUGGCUGUGGCCGCAGCCCAGCAGCAACACGCAGCCGCCGCGGCAGCGGCUCAACAAGCAGCCCAACACCAGGCCGCCGCGCAGCAGCAAGCCGCUGCAAUGGCCGCACGACAGCAGCAACACCAAGCAGCUGCGGCACAACAGCAACAGCACGCGAGCCAAAGUCAACAGCAGCAACAGCAGCAGGGGAACGCGCAGCAGCAGCAGCAGAGGCGUGUGCGCGUUGAAAACAAUGGGAAUUACAACCAUGACAGCAGUAGUGCGGGCGGUGGCUCCUCCGAGAAAUGGGCUGUGCCGCCACGGUACAAGCUGGUCAAAGUUAUCGGGAGUGGGAGUUAUGGUACGAUUUUGUUUAUUUUAUUGCGUGACAAAGGUUUCUUUCUCUGAUAAUUGUCGAGUGUUGUAGCUACUUACCAUCACUUCAACAUGUCCUUGCUCGUAUGCUAGGCCCCCAGCACGACGCCUUGCGUAUAUAUAAUUUCCAGGUAAAGUGUGCCACGCCCUGGACCAAGAGACGGGGCGGUCUGUGGCGAUCAAGAAAAUCAAGCGCAUCUUUGAAGAUUUGAUCGACUGCAAGCGGCUCCUGCGAGAAAUCGCGAUUCUCGGCUUCCUGGAUGACCCGAGGGUGGUGAAGCUGAUCGACGUUUGCGUCCCGGAGGAUCCCAUGAAUUUUACCGAACUGUACCUCGUAUUGGAGUUGUGCGACUCGGAUUUGAAGAAGCUUUUCAAGCUCCCCGAGUUCCUCUCCGAGAACCAUGUGGUCACGUUGUUGUUUAACACGCUCUGCGGUUUGAAAUACAUCCACUCCGCUGGCAUUUACCACCGCGACCUGAAGCCCGCAAACUGCCUCGUCAACCGGGACUGCUCGGUGAAGGUCUGCGAUUUUGGACUCAGCCGCCCAGUGGUGGACCCGGAAAACGACAUGUUGUCAAACAUCGACAGCAAUGGGUAAGUGGAAUACUGCUUCAUGCCAGUCUUUUCGGGAAAGACUUGCUUCGUUGCGUAGCACGCUUUUUUCUAUAAUUUUGUGGUGCAUGAAGAUGCUGCUUUCCAAGCCAGAAAUGUAACUGAUGCUUCGGCUAACCAUGCCAGAAAUCCAUCCUGUGGUGCAACAUGGCUGAAUUGUAAACUCCCUCGCUUCAUCAGGUAUCCCUCAAGCAUGGAAGACAACGGAUCGUCCACAGAAAAACAGCGACGUCUCACUGGGCACGUGGUCACUAGAUGGUACGUUUUAGUGCUGCUUCUACGUGUUUUGUGAUCAUUUGGAGCAAUGAUAUAGAAAAGUUUUUGCCAUCGCUGCCGGAACAAUAUUAAAGUGCGGCACGAGACCCCAUCGCGUUUGUUCUGCGUCACUUGGGCUAAGACAUCUCAUCUAAAGUCCUUCCCAUGGUGCGCAAUGCAAAUUAAGAACUACUACUCGCUCCGCAGGUACCGUGCGCCGGAGUUGAUUCUCCUCCAAGAAAACUACACGGAACAGAUAGACGUUUGGUCACUGGGUUGCAUUUUUGCAGAACUACUGGGCAUGAUACAACAGAAUUACCCCCACCCGAAAGAACGCAGCCCACUGUUUCAGGUAUGAUUUUCAUGCUGAAACAAUAAAAAAAGUGCAGGACACGUCGCCGCAUUUAUAAUUCAUUGAAUUUCAUCUUGCAGCUCCCGGCAUAAUUGCCUUUUUUUUGAUGCAGUAGCAUAUUGUGUAUCUCACAUCUUGAAAACAAGCACAAUGCAGAACGUCGACGUUUGAGUAACCAAAAAAAAAACAGGGCAACACGUGCUACCCGCUAUCCCCCCACAAGGAGCACGACAAGGAAUACCAGUACUAUUACAAUAGGCAAUCGCGGGACCAGCUGAACGUCAUUUUCAACAUUCUCGGCACUCCAAGCCAGGACACAAUCGAGAAACUAGACAAAAUUGACGCGAAGAGGUAUAAUUGUGCUACAAUUCAACUGCAACAGCACGGGAAAUUCUCUCUUCUUGCACUUUUCUUCAAAUUGUACAACACAAGCGCAACACUAUUGAAGGACCACAGUCUAUGGGAGAUGUGGUCAUUUGCAUUCAAGAGUUUCACUUUGAAAAAAAAGGUACGUCCGCUGUUUCCGUGAGCGCAGGCGCCUAAACUGGGAAGAGCUUCCGCGGUUCCAAGGCUCUAGUCCAGAAGCACUAGACUUGCUUGACAAGAUGCUGGUACAAUACUUGAUGAUCCGUAGUUUUUUCAUGGUGUGUUUUCGUGAUCGUCAACGUAAACGUUAUCGUGAUGUGUCUGGUGGGGAGGUAGCAUGAGCAAAAUGGUAUACAAUAUCGUCUGUAUUCCCACCCUGGUAGAGAGUUCUGUCUGUCAUGUGUUGAACAAACGGAAAUAAACAAUAUCAAAAUCAAUCCCGUUCAGAUGCUUGACGCGGCCGAGCGCAUCGACGUGGAUUCCGCACUGCAGCACCCUUUGUUUAAGAACCUCUACAGUCCGGGCAAAGUCCGUGUGGCCGAGCGCAAGAUCGUUCUGGAAUUUGAGAACAUCCCGAACUUAGGCGAAAUGCAGCUCCGCUGCUACUUCUUGCUGGAAAUCCAGAAGUUUCACCCAGAGAUGCUCAUUCCGGAAGCGAUUCUGCAGCACCGACCAACACAAUGCAGCUACAGUACCUAGUAGAGCUUUAGUGCGGGUAGUAAGUAGUUUUCUUGCUGUGAUGAUCUUCAGAAGUAUUCAUCAACUACAGUAGAGUAUUAGAACAGAACUGGACUUGUACUGAUAUUGUUGACUCUUUGGCAAAUAGAAAAACUAUCACGGAAAAUUUAUCAAAUGUACUCAUAUACUAGUUUAAACAUCAAAACCAAAAACUACGACCGUACAGUAUGCGUUUUCAUUUGAUUCUGAAUCUCAAUAUCAUGAAAAAGAGUGUCAGUGUCGCCAGAAAGCCAUCACUUGAGCGGGUCAUCGGACGCCGGAUCGGGCCCUUUUUUUGAAGUCCGACUAUAGUCGUCCGGACUUUGGGCGUGCCGUUUUCACUCUUAUGUGUGCACUUCUUCUAAUACUUUGCGAAUGUUCAUCAAAUUUAGUCUUUUUGGAAAUGUAACAAGCGGCAUGUGGUCUAGAUAUUUUUUUUCUACUUUCUACGACCAAAACGACGACGACAACGAGUUCUACGGAAUACACGGGCGGACGAGGCGACACGAACAAAGAACCCCCCCCACACACAGUCGAAACACUCUAUUUGAAUGCGAUGUCAAUCGUUAAUAUCCUGGGUUGUCUAGUAUUCAGUAUAUCCAACUACCUUCUACACUUUGAACUUAUUAUCUUUCUUCUUCUUCAUCAACUAACUUCAUCUUCUAUUUCUGGUAUCACCUCCGAUGGGCGCCAUAUUUAUUUCGAAGAUGGCGACCUGCUUCCAGCAUAGCACUUACUAAAAUGUAUCUUGCUGAGAAAAAAUAAAAUCAUAAUCAUCGACGUGAGGACUCCUAUUUCAUCCUUCUCACGAGUCACUUAGCGUUUUAAGUACUUUCACCGUCACACAAGAAAAAGACAAUCUUAGUGGUGAACAAAAGCAAAAAUCGAGAAAUCACGACUUCGUCUGCUAUUUGCAAUGCAGACCCCCGAAAAAAGUAGUGUCUCUCUGCUGGUGGGCGAGAGCGAAAGGUCAGCCGUCUUGUCCUUUCAACUUUUUCUUUUUCUGCUUGAGCAGGAGAAGGACUGAUAAAAUCCAGAUAUGUAGGUUCAACAUAUUUCGUCAACACGAAAUAGAAGUUGAAGUACAACAACGACCAGAAUAGCACCAACAGCAUGAUAUUAAUCGCUUAAUUUUCAAUAAUGUCGGCCUUUACGACACAAAUUUUCUCGCCAAUGCCACCGCGACUUGCUUAAAUUUUUACGCUCUUUUCCAAUAUGAAUAUCCAAAAGUCCAUGGCCAACAUACGCUCAGCGCUAUCAGCACUUGCGUUUGUCAAUAGCCCCAGAAAUUCAAAUUGAUACAACUACGUAGCAUGUCCACCUGUAUUGAAUACACAGCUAUUACCUCUUCCUUCUCGAGGACGCGAUAGAUGAAGCCGUCACUGUGAUUUCAAUAUGAAGAUGAAAAUUGCCUUUCACCAUGUUUCGAAACAAAUGCGGGGCCGCAAAGAAUCCGAGUAUGGGGCCCAGGCCGCGCCGUAAAUAUGAGUGGACCACAUCACUGCAAGAAUUUCAACUUGACUACACACACGGAAUUUGUGCGCGUGGUCUCCCUGGAAAGGCGUCUACUCAACAACAUCCUCUCUUCCUCUCCUGCUGCAGCGAUCGCGAUGAAGCUGUGAUCACACCCCGGUAUUCAAAAAACAAGAGAAAAUCACGAGACAGGUUCUUCAUUGAUUGCCGUGGUGUGAAACGCGAAAGCUGAGGGGGCAGGGGAUGUCGCCAUGCGCUGACCUCCCGUAGUUGUUUCCCUGAGAUAAACUUCGGGUGCUGCAGGGCGCUUCGCUACUAAGCAUCCUGAAACUAAAAGCAAGCCCAAGCUCUGAUUGACAUGGACAAGACGACGCUGACCUUCAUUCGCUUCCGCCCGCCCAAGAAACAAGGACUACAUAUUAAACCGAUGAGCGUACAAGACAACGACUGGAUGCCCCGUAUAGAGUUUAGAUGAAGCCGCGAACAACCCAGACUUCAUCUCAUCGACGACCUGAAGUUCAUUCUGAGGACAAUCACAUCAGAUCAUGUGAUAGAUGAAAGUUUAAGUGAAUGUGUAAAAAACGUACCAUGGUAGUAAUACUAUUCGUUUGCUACCGAAACAACGAUGAAAUGGUAGAGAAUUUGGCACUGAAUCAUCUCCA